UUGUUUUACGUUCGUAAUCCUUCAAUAGCCAGACCAAAGAGGAGCGGAUCCGCAAGCUCGUAAAAAUGGCGUCUUCGUCUGCCAGUUCAAACAUCAAUUUGAUAGAAAAUUUCUGUGCUGUCACUGGGGCGGACGAAAAUGUGGCCAAGCAGAUGCUGGAAGCCUGCAACGGCAAUCUUGAAAUGGCCAUCAACAUGCACGUGGACUCGGACUGGACGCAACCGUCCAACUCUCACUCGGGUGAAGCAGCCCUGGCAUCGAGCUCGGAUAUGCCGCCGCCCCCCGUAGCCGCACCUGAUGAUGACGUCAGACCACCGAUUCCUCCUGUAAGGGAAGUCUUGGUUGAUGGCCCAUUCCCCUAUGGGUACCAUGCACCAAGGCGAGCCACCUACAGUGUUUUUGAUAGGUUCCGUGACUUCCAAGCAGAGACAAGACUCCAGGAAGAAAAAUUGCUGCAGGGUGACACUGACAGCCCAUCAUACAAGAAACGCAAAACACUAGAAGAUCUCUUUAGGCCACCACUGGAUCUCAUGCACAGGGGCUCAUUUGAAUCGGCUCGGGAAGUCGGCAGGGCGAAGAAUCGCUGGCUGAUGGUGAAUGUGCAGAACGUGCAGGAGUUUGCAUGUCAGGUGCUCAACAGAGACGUGUGGAGCAACUCCACCAUCAAAAGCAUCAUCUCGGAACACUUCGUCUUUUGGCAGGUCUAUCAGGACAGUGAAGAAGGACAGCGGUACGUUCUCUUCUACAAAGUUGUUGAUUAUCCUUACGUGGCUAUCCUGGACCCGAGGACUGGUGAAAAGGUGCUGUCUUGGAAUCAGGUGGAUGCUGUCAAGUUUUGUGAUGCAGUCACUGAAUUCCUGGCAGAGCAUCCGACACCCGAUGGCUCUGCUGUCAAUCCUCCAAUAAAGAAAGUAAAACCCACUGCCAAAAAGGAGAGCAUCGUAGAGGAAGACGAAGAGUCACAGAUGCGGGCAGCCAUCGAAGCAUCCCUACGGGAGAAUAGUGCCCGGACACAUGACUCCGCAUCGGACGAUGACCAAAGUGACCUGGAGACCUUUGACUCGGACACUGAAACAGGGCAUGCGCACACGAGCAACCACAGCAGCAUGCAGGUGGAUUCUCCGCCACCCACCAGGGACUGCAAGAUCAAGGGCGAGGCCAGUAACGCAAAAUCCGAUAUUGACGAGUGGAAGAGGUUCCUGGGAAGCGAGUCGGAUGAAAAAUCAGAGCUGAUGAUUCGAUUCCCGGAUGGCUCGAGGAAAGUGAUGAGCUUUCCAUGCACAUCGAAGCUGAAGGCACUCAUCUUGUACGCAUCGUCUAACGGAUUCGGCGAGGAGACGCACGAGCUGGUGACCAACUUUCCGCGACGCAACCUGAGUGACCUGGACCACUCUCUGACGCUGCGUGACCUGGGCCUUUUCCCCAAGGAGGCUCUGUUCAUACAGCUACGCAACUCAUGACCCUCGCUGCUCCCCACCCUACCCCAACUCAUCUGGCCGCUGCUCACUGUUUUCCUAGCGAGUGUGCUCAGAGACUUUUUUUACACCAGUCACUUCCGCCGCCUCUUGCCACACACCACCCGGAAGAGUGACGCGCAGGGCACGGGUGUUUUGACAAGGCUGCCACGUCACUUUUGUAGAACGCUAGCUUGCAGAUCGAUGGCCAAGACUUUCGUUUAUUGGUGCAGCAGUUGCAAGCACGCUGCAGCUGGGACCUGACACAGGCAAGGGAACCUUUGCAGUGCAACAGGAAAUUAUGCCGUCGCUUCCUCCCGAAUCGGCGAAGAAAUCCUGUCAGAUGCCGUGUACGACUUAACGAGACUCCGAUUGGCAAAAAUCGACAUCAAGGAAAAGGGACAUCUUGGCUUGACUUGUUUUGUGUGCAUGAUUUUUGUUUGUUGAGCCCUUCCUCCUCUGUUUUUUUUUAACACUGCUGUAUUUUGCAGCGUAGCUGUACCUGCUAUGCACUCAUUUUGGCCAGUCAUUUGAAGCGGCUAAUUCUCAUGGCUGCACAGCGUGCUUCACAUUCAAGAGGAGGUUGCAGUUGCGCCUGCGAGUUGCAACGCUACAUUUUCCACCUGUUUUGAUUUAGAGGCGGCUUUAUUACACUAUAUAUACAUACUGGAGGUUUGUAUUUUUUGCAUGUGUAUCGUGUACAGGUCUAUGUGAUGACAACACAUCACAAUGUUUAUAUAUAUACAUAUAUGCUAUUUUUCACUUUUAAGGAAAAAGCAUUUUAUGUGAUCCGUUUUUUGAGUAUGACUGACGAUAUGCCCUUUUUUCUUUUUGGACACACGUGUGCAAUGUGUUCACUGUCUAUACUCAUACCACCACUGGAAUGUGCCCAGUGUUUUGAGGGCCGAUUAAAGUAUUUUUUGUUUUUUUUUUUUAAUAAUGCAUGAUAAGCUACCAUCUAUCAAGCCACAACAGUCAAGCUGGAUUUGCAUGACACACCGAAUUGCGCUUUAAACUUGCGAAAUACAUAUUGGGAGAUCAUGCAUUGCUUGCUACAACAACACUCGUACAGGCCCAGCAUACACCUGAAAACUAAAUUACCAUUGAGAUAUCAGCUAGAAGCACAGAAAUGGUUGCUGCAAGAUGCUUUAGCAUAGCACAACUGUCUUCAGUUGAAUUGCUAGUAUAAAAGCAGCCUGCUCAGGUGGUGAGCUGGAUAGCCAGGAGUGAAAGAACACAGCAUUCCUAUGUCUUCGCAUUGACACCCAUGCUUUGUCGAGUGAAAGUUUGGCUAGUUCGCUUUGUCAUUUUGUUCACUUUGUCGUGAACUUCUUGUCGUAGGAAUGCCAGCUGCAAAGUGAUCCGAUGCAUACAUCAUACGCCACUUUACCAAUUGGUCUGUCAUGUAAAUCCAGCUUUAGCAAAGCUAGAUCACGGGACAACUCCAAUAAUUUUGGGGAAUUUUAUGCCAGACAGGUUCUUACUGUUGUAUGUCUCGCCGUUUGUCUCGAUUCUUUGUAACAAAUUAAAUUGUGCAGCCUUGCGGCAUUUUCUUUUUUUUUAUUUUCUAUGCAAAUAAAUUUUUAA